ACUCCCACAAUCUCAAUCCUUUCUCUCUUACCAAAACCAAAUAAAAAAAAAAAACCCUUCUUCCUAUUUUACAUAAAAGUUGAUUUUUUUUAUACUUUUAAUCAAAUUGAAGCAAAGAAGAAAACAAAGGGUUGCAUCAAAAUGAGAAUGUCCUGUAAUGGAUGCAGAGUUCUAAGAAAAGGGUGUAGUGAAGAUUGUAGCAUAAGACCAUGUUUGGAAUGGAUCAAGUGUCCUAAAUCACAAGCUAAUGCAACUCUUUUUCUUGCUAAGUUUUAUGGUCGUGCUGGUCUCACCAACCUCAUCAAUUCUGGCCAAGAAAAUCUUCGUCCAGCAAUUUUUCGAUCAUUGCUAUAUGAGGCUUGUGGGAGGAUCGUGAACCCGGUUUAUGGGUCUGUGGGUUUAUUAUGGUCUGGAAGCUGGCAGCUCUGUCAAGCUGCGGUUGAAGCCGUUUUAAAAGGUGAGCCGAUUACGCCGAUUGCUUCAGAGGCUGCGAGUGGCCCACCGUUGAAGGCCUAUGACAUACGCCACGUGUCCAAAGAUGGAAACUCGGAGGAGACUCAGCGAGUCAAGACUCGGUCUCGGUUCAGACGAGCCGUGAAGCCGGAGCUCAGCAAAGAAACCGGUUCAGUUGAUGAGGCGAACCGAUCUGGAUCGUCGGGGAGUGAACCGGGUAAAGAUAAUGAGAGUGGGGUUUCAGUGGAAACUUCGAUUAUUUUUCAUGAAGAACCGGAGUCCGAACCUAAGGUAAGUGACCGAGCCGAGGAAGGUGUGAGUGAUGUGGUUGGUUUGGAGCUGAGGCUUGGGAUUGAACCGGUUGCACGUGAGGAAUAUUUGGUUCCCAUAAAGAAGAGGAAAAUUGAGUUGAAGGAUUGUAGUGUUUCUUGCAAAAUGGAGCUUGGGCUUCAGUUUGCGGCUUAAACGGCUUGAGAUGUUUUCGACUUAAUCGGCUUCUAUAUAAGAGAGUUUUGAAAGAGUUGAGAAGUUUAGAUGUAGAAGAAGAAUCUUUUUUAUCAUGCUUUAUUUUAAUUUUAUCGAAACUUUCUCCUUUUUUGGGCUGAUCUUGAGAAUGUGAAGAUGUACAAAUUUGGGUAUGUAGAAAAAAAUUAAAAUAAAGUAUUUAUUUAAUUGAUUUUUCUCUAAUAGUUAAAAAAUAGGUGAAAUUUACAUAGAAUUAUUAUAUUUAUCUGAUG